UAUCAACUUUUUGCAUCGUGCUAUCGCUUAUUUGUUUUUAAGUAUACUCAACGCUACUAUAUACCGUAUUAUACAGUUCGCUGUUCUUAUUACAAGAGUUGUAAAAUUAUAUAACUAUGGCUUUUCGAAUUUUAUCGAAAUGUCGUAUAUUCCAAAAUAUUUCAAGCACGACAUUACACACUAAUAUAAGAUCAAAUGGUGUUCAUAUUUCAACUGUUCAUCGUGAUCUAAUGGAAUUUUUUGAUGAUAAAAAAAAUUGGGCUGUUGAACACAUAAAAGUUGGGAGAUCGUGGACAAAGGAUGAGUUGCGCAUUAAAAGCAAUCAAGAUUUACAUAAACUUUGGUAUGUGUUACUGAAAGAACGCAAUAUGUUGUUAACAAUGGAACAUGAAUGCAAAGCUCAAAUUGAAUUAUUUCCAAAUCCAGAACGUAUUGAUAAGGUUGAAGAAAGUAUGAAUAAUCUUGAAACUGUUGUACGUGAACGUAAUGAAGCUUAUUACAAAUUAGAAGUAGGAGAAUCUGCAGAAAGACCCGGACAAUUAGUUACUAAUUUAUUGGGGUUGAACUUUUUUUAUCGUAAAUUUGAACAUUUAAUUCCAAAAUUUUUGAAUAAAAAAUGGAGAAAUAAACAUACAUUUAAUAUCGUUAAUGGAAACAUUGAGAAAUUCCAAAGGUUAUAUAGAGAAAAAUUACAUAACGCUAAUAGAAAAAGUAGAAAUCGUGAUCGUAACCAUGUGAUGCAUUUGAUGAAACGAUAUCCAAAUUUGGACAUGGACGCUGUCAAACAACAAUAUCCUUCAGUAGACAUUGAAAAAAUAAAAAACUAUCAUAAAGCCCGAGGACAUUAUGUGCCUUAAAAAAAUAUAUUUAACAAAUAAUGUAUUUCAUAACUUGAAUAUGUUAACUAAGUUAAUAAAGUAAUCCAAUUUUGUGUGUUCAGUUAAAACACAAAUGUUUUUU